CCCUACCUUAGUGCUGUCUAAUAUGUACCAGCGCCCUGAUAUGAUUACCCCUGGUGUUGACCCUCAAGGUCAGCCCCUUGACCCUCGCCAGAUCCAGCGCCACUUCGAGGACUUCUAUGAAGAUUUGUUUGAAGAGCUUAGCAAAUAUGGAGAGAUUGAAAACCUUAACAUCUGCGACAAUUUAGCUGACCAUAUGGUUGGUAACGUUUAUGUCCAGUUCAGAGAGGAAGAUCAUGCUGCAAGUGCUCUUCAGAAUCUUACCGGAAGAUUUUACGCAGGACGUCCAAUCAUUGUCGACUUCUCCCCAGUGACUGAUUUUCGGGAAGCCACUUGUAGGCAGUAUGAGGAAAAUGUAUGUAACCGAGGUGGCUAUUGCAACUUCAUGCAUCUGAAAAAGAUAAGCAGGGAGCUGCGAAAGCACUUAUUUAAGAGCAGGCGCAGACGCAGCCACAGUAGAAGCCGAAGCCCACGUGGUCAUCGCAAUUAUGAUGAGCGUCCGCCUGGAGGCCGUGGUUUUGGUAGAAGAGGAGGUGGAGGAGGUGAUCACCGCUACAAUGAUAGAGGGAGGAGACCUAGGAGCAGAAGUCCUGGACGAAGGAGUGGACACAGCAGAAGUCCCGGGGGUAGGAGAAAUAGAAGUCCAAUUAGGGAAGGAAGUGAGGAGAGAAGAGCAAAGAUUGAGCAAUGGAACAGGGAAAGGGAAGAGGCGGGAUCUGGGAGGAAUCAUGGCAGUAGUAUGCGUAGGGAAGACAGGGAUGGCAGUGCUGAGAGGAGGGCAAAGAUUGAGCAAUGGAAUAGGGAAAAAGAAGAGGUAGAAUCUGCUAAAUACAAUAAUUUUGACACUGAUAAUGGCAAGAGUGAUGGUGGUGAUCACUAUGGAGAACAGUUUGAUGACGAUUACCCGAAGCAGCAGUAGGUAGCAAAUGGAAGUUAUGGCUACUGAUAGUAGUGUUACUCUGGGUGGAGUACAGGUCCACUGUGCUGUGAUUUUGAAAAAAGCAUAACCCUUCUAUUGUCUUCUUUUUACCAUGUUUAAAAGGACAGGACUUUGUUUAGGAGGGAUCAUAGAGAGGCCUACUUAGGAACAUUGCCAUUUUCCCGACUCUGAUGCAUCAGUUGCUCGUACAGUGAAGCUUGCAAUGAUCAAAAUCUCAUGUUAAUCUUCCAGUGUCUUUUUCUUCCUGUCUCUUGCUGACUACUAUUUUUCUAAUUUAGGUAACCCCAAACAGCAGUAAAAUAUCACAUGUUAAUUGGUAAAUGACUGUUUUCCUUAUCGAAAUAGAUAAAAUGGUUUUUUUAGCUUUAGGUCCUAUGGUCAAAUGGUUUUCCCUUUCCUCCUAGGUUUACUCUUCCUGAAAUAAAGAUGAAGCAUUUUAUAGGAUGAUUGUGAGUUGAAAAUUUAUCCCUUCUAUAAUUAUAAGCCGAUCUUAGCUUUGUUAAUUGCCUACAGUAUCGAGGCUUCUCUCUUUCCAGGAUACUGUUAGAGUUUGUCAUUCUUAGAAGAUUAAUCUUAUGCAUUCCAAGUUUUUGCAGGUUAAAAGGUUCCUGCUUUGCAGCUUACAAUGGUACUUGUAUACAGGUUUUCUCUGCUGCAGACGAGUCCACUGGACUUUUCACAUGCUAGGGAUGGUGGGAAGUGAAGGAAUAGAGUCCAUGGACCUAUGAAGUUCUAGUUUCCAUUUUGGGGUUUUACCAUUUGUUAGGCAUUACAGGUUGUUAUCCUUGAAGACAAUUGUGCUGUGUAUAACUGUACUUGUCUGUCACAUGUUGGAUUGAGUUCAUUUCAGUGUUUGCUUGUGUUACUUUAAGUGGAAUGGAGGUUUCUGUUGAACAGCUUUGCUGAAGAGAGCUUGAUAUUUAUUUGGCAGUUGCUAGCCUGCAGUGUA